CCUACGACACAUACACACAACACAAACGCACAUGCAGAAACAAACUCACACCAACUAGUGCUCGAGUACCCACCCGCGUUUACGUUUACGGAUAAACAGCCGGUGCUGGGUGUACAUGUACGCCGCUAGCUAGCGUAACGUCAGUUUGGAUAUAACCAUAACUUUUACACUCGACUCAGAUGGCAAACGGGUGUCUAAGAAAGAUCGCGACUAGAGACAUGUUAGUCGGAAUGGGGCAUGAGGACUAUCAUUGCAGUGUUUGCCACAAAUGGCUGGACCAGGAACCAAGGAUGUGUAGUGACAAACGCACUUGUUACUACUGCUACAUGGAGAUUCAGAUCAAAAGACCAGAAAAGUGCCCAGUCUGCGAAGAAACGUUUGAACCUGAUGAACACUUUGUCAAGGACAAACGAGCAGCAAAAGAUAUGAAAAGAUCCACAGCAAAGUGCUGCACCUGUGGGCGUGAGAUGGCCAUGUCAGCCUUGAGGGAACACCAGGAGGAAUGUGGUGGAGUGGAAAGCCUACCCCAACAGAUAGAUGAACGUGGCCCACCUGAGGAUCACUGCCCAACUCAGAUGCAUGUAGAUGAACAAGACCCACCUGAGGAUCCAGCCCAGAUGCAUGCAGAUGAACAUGACCCACCUGAGGAUCCAGCCCAGGAGGAAGGGAAGGGAAGCAAUGAACCCAUCAUCAGCUGCCUGUACAAGAUGUUUGGAUGUGAUUUUCAGCAGAACCUCAUAGACAAAUCAAAAGAACAAAAGGUCACACCUGUGUUUGGAUACAACUUCAGGCCCACCCACAGUAUUGAGUACAAAUCAGUGGAUGCCAAGGUGAAAGAUUGGGCCACCAAUCUUUUAUUUUUAGUCAUACCAGUGCAUAAAAUACAUGCAUGCAACAACAUACCGCAAGUUUCUGCCAAAACUUCCUCAAGCAGUGAACGUUUCAAAAGCUACAGCUAUCAUAAUUAGACUUCCCAAAGGACCAUCCAAAGCUGCAGAAUUGAGGCCAACAAAUCAUGUCUUAAAGUUCAGUGAAUAACCAGGACCAAGUGCUUUGAGAACUUCAAGUACCACAAAAUGUGCAGUAAGAAUCCUUAUAAACAACAACUAUUGUCAUUAAAAAGUCUCCAAUUAAAGCUGUGCAUAUCAGUCAAACUCUCAUAAGAGACUUGUCACGUCUAUCAAGAGGGUGUAGCAAAACUUAAACCAAUUGUACAUGUAGUGUACAAUGCGGUUUUGGAAGGAGAGUAGACUACUUUUGACAAAAGUGUUCUCCCUUUACAAAGUAUUUUAAAGAGGCAAAUGCAGCGCUCAUGAAUUGUGUGUAUACUUAUUUGAUGGACAUCUAAUAAAGGUGAAGCAAAGUUCACUACUAUGACAGACUUCAAGUUGCAUGACAGAUGUGAACAGGCAUUUUAUAGUUUUUCAGCUUGUUUUAUUUUUAGUUAAAGGUUUUAAAAUUGUUUCAUCUUUAGUCUUCUUUUUCACCUCAACGGGAAGGGUAAUCAGUAAUUUAUGGGAUUUUGAGGGGUAAAUGGCCUUAAUUUUUUAAGUUAAGAACUUGAAAAGCGUACUGUAAGAAAAGAUCCUCACUCAUCUAAAUAACUUCCCUGCGGCAAUGUGUAUGUGACACAGAUGAAUGAAUACAUUUCUGCAGACAUUACAGCCAUCCUCUUUUCAGCUGCUUUCAACUAAUAAGAGAUUGAGGGACACCUACUGAGGGCAAAUCCUGAUUUUAGUCUGGAUAAAAGACAGUGAUCCAGAAUUUGUGAACUGUUGUUAUAAAUGGUUGCCUACAAUGAUUGUAGUACAACAUUCACAACUUUUUCAGUGUAACAGGAAUUUGGUACAGUGCGAUUUCUUUGUUACAGCUUUUUUCCCCCGGUGUAAUAAUAUUCAUUUGGGCUGAAGAU